GUUCAGUGUGUAUACCUCAUAGUCGCUAAAUACAUAUUGAGGCCUGUAAGGGUUCGCGAAAAUUUCCCCUCCCUCACCCUUCCCACUGUCCCGAGAGGGGUCCUUCUCCUUCCUCUUCUCUUCCUUUACUCUAUCCCCUCCCUUCUUCCUCCCGGGCCCUGGGACCGGAAAGCUGUGAGUCGCCACCGUACCGUCCGCUGGCACCUUCGGUCAUAACAGUAGAGCCCACCAAAUUUUCCUAGGGACUGUCGUGGUUGCUAAGCCAGGGGAUCGCCUGUUCUGAGCCUGUACCCCGUUAGCAGGGUACCUCCAGUGGUAACCAUGGCAGCUCUCCAAAAUAAAAUAAAAACCAUAUAAGCACUAUAACUUUUAUGAUAUUGAUUGACUUAUAUAAUUACCUUAAAAAAUAUGUCUUUAUUAUAUCCUGAAACUAUUUGGUAAAUAAAUAAAAAUAUACAUUUCACUUCGUUCUUGCUAUUUUACAAGCAGUAACAAAACGAUUUUCUAAUAAUUUUAGACUUUUGACAUAUUUAUUUUAAGGUUAUGUUGUGUGUGGCACGUAAACAUAUGAUUAGUUUUAAAUAACAUUUUUCGUAUUACUCAUUAUAUUUAAAAUUUAUAACAAUGAAAAAAGAAGAAGUCCAAAAUAUUUUUCUUAAAAUCCUAAAGGACGAAGAAGAUGUAUCUGCAGGUGUGGCUGCUAUAAAAACCUUGCUAACCGUAAUAGAAAACUAUAAAGUGGCCACAGUGAGAGAGCUAGACUUGAACCUGCAGCUGGCGGUGGAUGCGAUGCGUCACUGCGACCAGCCCGUCACAGCCAUAUCAUCUGGAUGUGAACUAUUCAUGAGGUUUAUCACUUUUGCUAGACUUGAUGUUAAGUCAUUCGAGGAGUGUGAACAAAUAAUGUUGCAGCGUGGACACAUAUUUUUGAACACAUUACUCGAGGCCAGAGGAAAGGUUGCCAAGCAAGCACUCACUUUUAUUUCAGAUGGUUGUAAAAUUCUAACUCACUCCCGAUCUCGCGUAGUUCUGCAAGCAAUGUUAGAAGCAGCAAAAGCAAACAGGCGGUUUCAAGUGUUUGUCACAGUUUCUGCUCCUGACAAUACUGGUGAAAUAAUGCACAAACAGCUGGUUGAAGCUGGUAUCGACGCCACGUUGAUUCUUGAUUCAGCCGUGGGAUACAUCAUGGAACAGGUUGAUAUAGUCAUGCUUGGUGCCGAGGGAGUCACCGAAAGCGGAGGAAUUAUUAAUAAGGUUGGAACCUACUCAAUAGGAAUUUCAGCAUUGGAGCUGAAAAAGCCCGUAUUUGUACUGACAGAAAGUUUCAAAUUCGCACGAAUAUACCCACUGAACCAGCAAGAUGUCCCCAAGGAGUUCAAAUACCUAUCUAGUACGCUAAAGUCUGGCAAAGAUCUGUCGAAAGAACACCCACUGGUGGACUACACGCCGCCCGCUUAUAUAACUUUACUUUUCACGGACUUAGGAAUCCUAACCCCGUCGGCAGUUAGUGACGAAUUAAUUAAAUUGUAUCUGUAAAUAAUAUGUGGAAUAAAAUUAUUUAUACGUAAC